AUGCAAUUCUUCACCGCACUCGCCGCGGUCGGUGCCCUCGUGGCUCCGGCCCUUGCUCUCCCAACCCAAGUGCCAGCAAACCAAUCUCUCAUUGACGUCCAGCUCAGUGCCACUGGCAACUCCAUGAUCAAGGCUGUCAUCACCAACAAGGGUACCCGUGCCUUGAACUUGUUGAAGUUCAACACCAUCAUGGAUGAGAACCCAACUGCCAAGGUUAUGGUCUUCGACAAGAAUGGUGCUGAGGUUGAAUUCACUGGCAUGCUUCCCCGUUAUGACAUGAACUCCCUCUCUACCGACUACUUCGCUACUCUGGCUCCCCAGGCUAGCGUUGAGCACUCUUUCGACAUUGCUGCCACCCACAACAUCAAGGAGAGCGGCAAGUACACUCUCUCCGCCCACGGGCUCAUCCCUACCGCUGAGGAGCACGGAACCACCAUCACUGGACAAGCAUUCUAUGAGUCUAACACCCUCGAGAUGGAAAUUGAUGCCUCCAAGGCUGCUAUGGUCCCCAGGGCUUUCGAGGAGCUUGAUGCCCACAUUGUUGGAACCAUUGACAAGCGCAGCGGAAUAGUUACUUCCUCUUGCGAUGCCUCUCAGCUCCGUAUCGUCAAGCAGGCCCUUGCUAACUCCAGAAUGCUUGCCCUCAACGCCGCUCGUGCUGCUUCCUCCAACCCCAGCAAGGUCCGGGAAUACUUCGGUAGCAGCGACAGCAGCAUCAUGCAGAAGGUUGCCUCCCGCUUCCAGUCUGUUGCCCGUGAAUCCACUGCCUCCGGCGGCCAGACUACCUACCAUUGCACCGACAACCGUGGAAGCUGCAAGCCAGGUGUCCUUGCUUAUACUCUCCCAUCCACGAACACCGUCUACAACUGCCCAAGCUACUACCGUGAACCAUCUCUCACCAAGCGCUGCCACGCCCAGGACCAGGCCACCACCACCCUCCAUGAAUUGACCCACAACCCAGUUGUUGUAAGCCCCUUCUGCAAGGAUCUCGGAUACGGAUACAGACUCGCCACUGGUCUCCCAACCUCCAAGGCCAUCCAGAACGCUGACAACUACGCCCUCUUUGCCAACGAGGAAAGCAGUCCUGUUUUCUUUGUUCCUGUCUUUUAUUCAAAUGGUUAG